AUGUGGAUGGCGCCGCGCUCUUGUCGGCUUCUGCUCUUCGCCUCGGCGACGGCCAUCUCCUGCCUCGGCGCCGCCACUGGCUCCGGCCACUACAGCUUCCCGGUGUUCGACGGCAAGUCGACGACCGACGGCGUCGUGGUGGUCACCAACUCGUCCAUGCUGGCGCCGGCCACCUUCCUCUUCGACGCCCAGCUCUUCCCGGAGUUCAACGAGUCCGAGGGCUUCGUGCUCCUCGCCCGGGCCGUCGCACUCUGGCGCGCCGCCGCCGACGGCACACGCGACGAGGCGUCCUUCAACACCAGCUUCACGGUGGACGGCUCGGACGCGGUCGCGUUCGUCGUCCUCCUCGACAGCUUCCCGCCGUUCAACAGCAAGAACCGGAAGCCGCCACGGGACAGGAAUGGCCCGGCCUGCUUGUCUGCCGUUGCCCCCGCAUCGAGCGCCGGUGCAAACAGCCUCGCCGCCGUGGAGGUUGGCACGGUAAGCUCGUACGGUCCACGGCCACCACCGGGUGUCGGCCUGAACGUCACCAUCACGCCGAACAGUUCGUCUGCAGCCGGCGCCAGCCAGCUCGCCGUGCGGAUCGAAUACAACGCCUCCGUGCACCGCCUGUCGGUCUACGUCGGCGACAGCACACCCGCCCUCCUCGAUGCGCCGCUCGACCUCGCCGGCCGUCUGCCUGCCCAGGACGCGCUGGUGGGGUUCUUCGCCGCGACGGUCCGGGACGUCGUCGUCGGCGUGAGCGGCUGGGAGCUCACGGUCGACGCUCUGUCAGACGACGACGGCAACGCUGGACCACCGCGUCAACAUGACGACGAACAGAGCGCGCGGUUGUCGCCGUCAUCGCGGCUGGCGAUACUGCUCGCGGUGCUGGGUUCUGUGGCGGCCGUGUGCGUCGCCGUCGUCUCCGUGAUGUUGUACCGCGUCGUGUCCAGGCGCAGAGCGGUCGACAUGGAGGUGCAGAAAUGCUACAAGGAUUACUUCGCGAGGACGACUCACUGA